AUGGCGGAAGCAGCAAUGGCAGAAGCACCCUUGGCAGAAGCACCAGUAACAGAAGCUUCACGCCUCGCUGAACGCAAGCUCCGUGGCUUGGUCCAAUACCACACCGAGCUGAGCGAGUACCUCGCCAACAUGAGGGCCACGUACAUCCGCAGAGGGGACAACUACCACAGCAUUACACCCCACUUCAACACCUAUGGCAAGGGCCCACCUCCAGCCGCGUCUUUCAACCUCGUACACGCGCUCUUCACCUGGCCGCAUCACACCGUCGCAGGUACCAACGCUUUCGUUCGCAAACUGGUCCUACUGCGCCGCUUGCUCGCUUCACCGUUGUACUUCGAGGCCAGGAUGGCGCGAGCAAUCGAUGCGGGAGAGGAGGAUGCGAGGUGGGAUGAGCUGCUGCAGUAUGCCCAGAACAUGGAAUAUAUGACGGCACAAUUGGAUGUGGCGUGGGAUCACCUGUGUGUGCUGGACGACUAUGCUUUGGGUGACGAUUGUCGGUUGUGCAGGGCUGACAGAAGGGUCGUUCCUCACUGGAACAUUGACCGCAGGGCGUGGAUGGAAGGGAUCGAGUCGGUGGAGGACUUUUGGUUCCCGCCAGCGGAGACUAAUGAUGAGGAGGUCGAGGAGGAGAGUAGUGACGACGAGAGUGAUCACGAUGGCAGUGAGCAUGGAGAUUAA